AUGCUGUCCUAUAAGCUCGAUCCAGCAACGCUCCGCGCAUGGGAGGAAAGGAGCAGUCAAGAUGAGGAAGUGAUCUUCGAUGACCUCGUCGACUUCCUAUAUCAGCGAGUACGAAUCUUGAAAUCCGUUGCGUCAGAUCUGUUACAACGUGCAGAGUCGGCUCAAGCAAAGGUGGCCGGCACCAGCGUCCCUCCGAAGAAAAGUUUUCAUUCACGAAUAGCAGCGAAUGCAGUUGCUUCCGAAGGCAAGUCAUCCGCUCCGUCUUGUCUUGCAUGUUCCGAGAGUCACUAUCUGUUCCAGUGUCCGGCCUUUGCCAAUAUGGCCAUCAACCAACGUCCCCAAAAAUCGAAUCCACCCACGUUGCCAAAUGUGGGAAAUGCAGGACCUGCCACUCCCCAAGUGAGUCUGCCGGUCCACUCCUAUUCCAGUACAGUCUUGUUGGAAACAGUUGCACUCCACGUCGUCGACGAUCAAGGGAAAAUCUUCGAAGCCAGAGCGUUAUUGGAUUCCGCCUCGAUGUCAAACUUCAUGUCGAAGAAACUUGCCAAUCUUCUUUCCAAUCGUCAAUCCAAGGUUGAUAUCGAUGUGGUAGGAAUCGGUCAGUCCAUGAGAAAACUGAAGCGGACUGUAAAUGCCACCGUAAGGUCUCGAAUUCCGCCGUUUUCUACGAAGCUCGAGUUUUUAGUCAUCGAUAAACCUACCACCGAUCUACCUACAAUGCCAGUGCCUACAUCAUCGUGGAAAUUUCCAGAUAUAAAUCUUGCCGAUCCGCAGUUUCACACUCCCAGCCAAGUGGACGUCGUUAUAGGCGGAGAAACAUACUGGGAACUCCAUACUGGCAAAAAGAUGUCCCUUGGACCAGGUCAACCACAAGUUAUCGAAACCCUGUUCGGUUGGACUGUAUCUGGUCCAGCACCGCACAAUUCAUCCAUUGCUUCACCCAGAUGUUUUCUGACUGCCACUGACGACCGGCUCGAGGUCGUUCUUCAACGGUUUUGGGAAAUGGAAACAAUCGUCGAUCAACCUACCCAUUCAACUACAGAAAAACGAUGUGAGGAUUGGUACACAGCAACUACAAUUCGCGAUUCGUCCGGUCGUUACAAAGUUCGCCUGCCCAAGGUGGACGAUCCAGAAAUCGUUUUAAGCGAAUCUAGGGCUAUAGCAACACGAAGGUUACUUAUUCUUGAACGCCGAUUAGAGAGAGACACCAACGUGAAGUCAGCAUACCAUCUUUUCAUGGACGAAUAUGAGCGUCUUGGUCACAUGAAGCGACUGAACGAGCCAAUAGAUGACUGCAAGGAACAUUGCUAUUUGCCACAUCAUCCCGUCUUCAAACUUUCCAGCACUACAACGAAAACGAGGGUGGUGUUCGACGCGUCGUGCAAGACGACAUCGGGAUUCUCUUUGAACGACCGAUUACUAGUCGGCCCAGUUGUCCAGCAUGAUCUGUUGUCCUUGAUUAUGCGGUUUCGGAUUCACGCCAUCGCCUUAAUCGCCGACAUUGAAAAAAUGUACCGGCAAGUGCUGAUCCAUCCCGAAGAUCAGCCACUCCAAAGAAUCCUGUGGCGCACAAAUGCUACUGAUCCCAUCGCCACCUACGAACUACAAACAGUCACCUAUGGGACAGCAUCUGCGCCAUACCUAGCAACAAAAACGCUUCAACAGCUAUCACACGAUGCAGGUUACCGGUUUCCCGUCGCCGCAGAGCCCGUUAUGGACGACUUCUACGUUGAUGAUUUUUUGUCUGGAGCCGCUGAUGUGAAGACAGCACAGUGUAUUCAAUGUGAAGUUUCCUCUAUGCUUGACUCAGCCGGUUUUUCUCUGAAGAAAUGGGCUUCUAACUCCGUUGAAGUCCUGGAGGGGGUCCCUGAAGAAGAUCGAGCAAUUCAACCUUUCUUUGAUCUGCAGGACGAGCAGUCUGUCAGCACCCUCGGUUUAAUAUGGGAACCCAAAACCGACACUUUCCGUUUCAAUGUACAAUUACCUCUGCCCGCUGCUGUCUUGACAAAGCGAAACGUGAUGUCAUACAUAGCUCAAAUUUUUGAUCCGCUAGGAUUGGUGGGUCCCACCGUCAUGAAAGCCAAGCUUUUUAUGCAGUGUUUGUGGGCAUUGAAAUCGGCCAAUAAUAAACGUUACGAAUGGGAUCAACCACUGCCACAAAAACUCCAGAACGAAUGGAAACAGUUUCAUACCACCAUCGAUCUACUCCGUCAGCUUAAAAUACCACGCUUCGUUCCCCUAAUCAACGCAGUUAGCAUCGAGUUCCAUUUUUUUGUGGAUGCCUCCUGGAAGCACAUCGCCGGUGUCGACAAUCAUGCCGAUGAUAUCUCCCGUGGUCUGAGCCCGCCAGAGAUCCUGAACAGUUUGAGGUGGUGGAAUGGAACACCGUGGCUCUCACUGCCACCCGAAAGUUGGCCCGUUGGAGCAUUGCCAACUGACGAUUCUCUAGAGACUACGAAAGAAAGCAGAAAAAUACCGAUAAUUGCGAUGACUGUCACUCAAAGCAACUUUAACGACUUCUUGUUCAAUCGAUAUUCUGAUUACACCAAGCUCCGUCGAACUACCGCCUAUUGUCUGCGUUAUCUUCAGAAGCUGCACGACCGUGUCAUCAACCGUCGCAUCCACCAUGAAACCCGCGGUCAAUUAACGCUGAAAUAA